CCGCCAUUUUGUCUUCAGUGUCUGUUUUGCGAUCGGCGGAGUUGGAGGAAGCGUCUUGUUCCGUAGGCUUGAGGCAGGGAACGGGGUCUAUUGUCUGUGUUUGACUCCGUAGUUUGGUCAGAGGCUUUCCGGAGCUUUCCCGGGGGAGUCGGCAGAGGCUCCCGCUUCCGCCCCCGCCCCUCCCCUCCGUCCCCCGGUCCGGGAGGGACCGAUCCCGCGUCACGCCCCUCAGCGCUCGCUGAUCCCUUCUCCGUCGUUGCGUCCGCAUCGCACCCCCGGAAUCAGACGGUGCCCCAUAGAUGGCCAGCUUUCCCCCGAGGGUCAACGAGAAAGAGAUCGUGAGAUCACGUACUAUAGGUGAACUUCUAGCUCCAGCAGCUCCCUUUGACAAGAAAUGUGGUCGUGAAAAUUGGACUGUUGCUUUUGCUCCAGAUGGUUCGUACUUUGCUUGGUCACAAGGACAUCGUACAGUAAAGCUUGUUCCCUGGUCCCAGUGCCUUAAGAACUUUCUCUUGCAUGGCACCAAGAAUAUCACCAAUACAAGCGGUUUGAGACUGUCAAGACAAAAUAGCGAUGGUGGUCAGAAAAAUAAACCUCGCGAACAUGUUAUAGACUGUGGUGACAUAGUCUGGAGUCUUGCUUUUGGAUCUUCGGUUCCAGAAAAACAGAGUCGCUGUGUCAAUAUAGAAUGGCAUCGAUUCAGAUUCGGACAGGAUCAGCUGCUCCUUGCCACAGGAUUAAACAAUGGGCGUAUCAAAAUAUGGGAUGUAUAUACAGGAAAACUCCUCCUUAACUUGGUAGAUCAUACUGAAGUGGUCAGAGAUUUAACUUUUGCUCCAGAUGGGAGCUUGAUCCUAGUAUCAGCUUCAAGAGACAAAACUCUGAGAGUGUGGGACCUGAAAGAUGAUGGAAACAUGAUGAAAGUAUUGAGGGGCCAUCAGAACUGGGUGUAUAGCUGUGCAUUCUCUCCUGACUCUUCUAUGCUGUGUUCAGUGGGAGCCAGUAAAGCAGUUUUCCUUUGGAAUAUGGAUAAAUAUACCAUGAUACGGAAACUAGAAGGACACCACCAUGAUGUUGUAGCUUGUGACUUUUCUCCUGAUGGAGCAUUACUGGCUACUGCAUCUUAUGAUACUCGAGUAUAUAUCUGGGAUCCACAUACUGGACACAUUGUGAUGGAAUUUGGGCACCUGUUUCCCCCACCUACUCCAAUAUUUGCUGGAGGAGCAAAUGACCGAUGGGUACGAUCUGUGUCUUUUAGUCAUGAUGGACUGCAUGUUGCAAGCCUUGCUGAUGAUAAAAUGGUGAGGUUCUGGAGAAUUGAUGAGGAUUAUCCAGUUCAAGUUGCACCUUUGAGCAAUGGUCUUUGCUGUGCCUUUUCUACUGAUGGCAGUGUUUUAGCUGCUGGAACACAUGAUGGAAGUGUCUAUUUCUGGGCCACUCCGAGGCAAGUCCCUAGCCUUCAACAUUUGUGUCGCAUGUCGAUCCGGAGAGUGAUGCCCACCCAAGAGGUCCAGGAGCUACCGAUUCCUUCCAAAGUUUUGGAGUUUCUCUCCUAUCGUCUCUAGAGGGCUCUGUCUUCCCUCGUCCUAGGGUCUGACAGAGCACACUUGACACAAACCUCAAGCUUGACUGACUUCAAGUAUCUGUUCUUCAAGGUUUAGAAGACUUAUUUAAUUUGAUACAUUCUUGUGCAUUUUGAUCAUUUGAGCAUAUUAAAAUAUUAUUUAUAGACUAUAGGAGAACUGUUUCCGGACAUAUCAAAUGUAAAAUUUUUUUUUUUUUUUUUUUUUUUUCUAAAAUUUAACUGUGAAACCAUAUACAUACAUGUAUAUAUUUAGAUAAAAGCUGCUACGUGUUGAAUGGACCCUUCUGCUUUUUUAACUUUUAGUUCCAACAUGUAUAUACUGCUUCAGUAGAGCUGCAAUACCUAGCUUCACUAUAAAAUGGAAGGAAUUUUUUUUAUUCUGGGCCACUGAGUUAGAUGGUAAAUACUGGCUAAAGAAAGCUGGUUCCUGAUUUUUUAAAAUGCAAAUUUGGUUGCGGGUGGGAGGAGUCAGGCAUCUGAUCUGCAGGUAAAACCCACAGGGAAAGGAUCUUAUUUUCUUUAGGAAUGGCAUCUGAGAGGUAGAAUUUGAAUGUGACAUUAUUAAAUAAAAACAGAGCCAGGGUAUAACUAGGAAAAGGGUGUGUGUGUGUGUGUGUGUGCGCGCGUGCGAGCGUGCGUGCGUGUGUCCACGUGUGUCCGUCCCGCAUCGUGUGUCCCCCGCCCCCCCCCCCCCCCCGCCAUAACUAUAUAACCAUUGCUGCGGGCCUUAAUUUUGGAAAGCAGCUUGCUACUUCAACCCCGUGAUAUAAAGUAUUACCAAUUUUAGUCAAUUUGAAAAUUCCAUCUACUGUAUUAUUGGUAAAUAUUUUGUUAUUUGUACUAAGGGACAAUUUUAAAACCAUGGUUUUGCUUUUUUAUUUUUAUUUUUAUGUUUUUUUACAUGUAUCAUGUUUCUGCAGGGGGUAAUAUUGGUGAUUUGCCAAAGAGAAGCAAUCCAGUGUAUCUGCUUUUGCCUUCUGUUAUUUAUCUUACCUGCAGAUAUUAAGAAUGUAUGCAUUAUGUAAAAUGCUUGAUUAUAUAUUUUUGCGUUUUUUUAAUUAAAGACUUGUUAAAAAAAAAAA